CGGGCAUCGCCGGCCGAACGCGAGCGAUCAGUGAUGGCCGCGGGGCUGCCGAGGCGCGGGUCGUAUUGACGUUCGACCGGCUCGCUUAUUUAUCGCAACGCUCUCUCCCUUUCUCACUCUCUCUCUCUCUCUCUCUGUCUCGUACUAAGCGAUACGUUCUUGUUUCUUCGUUCGUCAAGAAAGCGUUCUUCAAGGAGAAAGAAAAACGACUUCGAAAAGCAUUAGCUUUUCUAAAAGGUUUCCCCUACGUAAAAGGUUUUCAUCGAACGCCAUCCACACCUUCUGAUCUUUCAUUCUCGAUCGACUACUCUUACCACUGAACGUUUUCAAUGGUUGUUGUUGCCUUGUGAUUUUCGUAUCACCGCCACGAUACGACAUUCGUGCGUGUCAUUCAACGAAGCAAGAUAGAUGUAGGAAGAGGAAGCGUGAGCACGGUGUUUUCAAGAUUCCCAAAGCUUUCCUCUAACUAAUACACAUACAGGAAAAUGGCGGAAGAGGUUGCAGGAGGUUCUAGCAAUAGCAGCAGCGGUGAAGCCAGUAGAUUGCAGCUUCUGCAAGAGAUGCGCCAACAAAACUUUGACAGCAUACGAUUCGCUUCUUACCGUACGGCUUGCAAGCUUAGAUUUAUUCAGAAGAAAGUUCACCUACACAACGUAGACAUAUGGAAUGUGAUCGAAGCAUUUCGAGAAAACGGCCUAAAUACUCUAGAGCCGUCUAGUACGUUGGGAGUAUCUAGGCUAGAAACUCUUCUGUCUUCCUUAUUUCAUGCGCUUAACAAGAGGGUGCCGGUGUCUCAACAAGCCAAAGUCGACGCUACCACGGCUCUACUGAUGAAUUGGCUCUUGGCAGCGUAUACAAGUGGGGAAAAUAAUAAGAUAUCCGUAUUUUCGGUGAAGGUGGCAUUGGCCACGUUAUGCGCUGGAAAGCUCAUGGACAAGUUUCGAUAUAUAUACUCACAAAUAUCGGACGGUAACGGACACAUGAUACAUUGGAGGUUCGCCGACUACCUGAAAGAGGUUUUGUCAUUAACGGCAGCGGUCUACGAGUCACCGUCCUUUGGAUAUUCGGAGGGUCUCGCGAGCACCAUUUUUCCCCCUAAUUCCAAAGUGACGGUCAAUGAUUUUUUGGAUACACUCAUGUCCGAUCCCGGGCCGCACUGUUUGAUUUGGCUCCCGUUAUAUCACAGAAUGGCGGCUGUUGAAACAGUGGCUCAUCCCAUCAUGUGCGAUGCCUGUCACAAGGAAAAUUUUACCGGUUUCCGAUACAGAUGUCAAAAAUGUCAUUCUUAUCAACUGUGUCAGGAUUGCUUUUGGCGUGGCAAAGUUUCCGGGACUCACAACAACGAUCACGAAACCCGAGAGUAUAGUAGUUUUAAAUCGCCAAGCAAACAAAUUGGCCAUUCUUUGCGCAAGAGCUUCAGAUGCGUUCCCGAAAAGGGGAAAAACAACAUACCUAGAUUUCCCGAGCAGCCAGAGAAAACGUUGGAUUUGUCGCACAUAGUCCCACCGUCACCUUUACCAUCUCACAACGGUUUUCCAGAUCCAGGUUUCAUGGCUCCCUUCGAUUCUGGAUCCAUGGAUAGCCGAUCUACUUUGAGAAGUAUGGAUAGUUCAAGACUGGACGACGAACAUAAAUUAAUAGCACGAUAUGCACAAAGGUUGGCACAAGAAGCUAGGACCAUGCCUCGUACUACGUCCAGAAUGUCGCAAGCUGACCAAGCGGGUAGAACACCGUCAGACGCUAAUUUGGCAUCGUUGGACGCAUCGAGAGCGCAACGUGAACUAAUAUCGCAGUUAGAAGCGAAGAAUAAAGAAAUAAUGCGAGAAAUUGCAAGGUUAAGGAGACAACAAGAAAUAGAGGCGGCAGGAUUAGAGAAUCCUGCUCUUAUGUCGGAAUUGAGGGCAUUGAGACAAAGAAAGGAUGAAUUGGAAACUCACUUGGCGACUUUGCAAGAUUCCAGGAGACAAUUAAUGGUUCAAUUAGAAGGUCUUAUGAAAAUGUUGAAGAAUCAUCAGGCAUCUCCUAGAUCAACGCCAAACAGUUCGCCAAGAAGCACAAAGUCUCCUCCGUUACCUCCUGGUACAGUGACAAGUAGCAGAUCGGCACCAGCCACUCCAGGUGGAACAUUGUCAACGACUCCUCAACAGCAACAGCCACAACAACAGCAGCAGCAGCAGCAACAACAACAGCAACAACAACAGCAACAACAGCAGCAGCAGCAGCAACAGCAACAGCAGCAGCAGCAGCAAACUCAACAAAGUCAAAUGUCGCAAAGCUACCAGAGUUCCGUACCAACGACGUCGGUACCGAACAUGUCGAGCAGUGCUAUGCUUGGGACAAUACAGAAUCCUAUUCCAGAUAGUCUUUCGUGUGUCGGAGGCGACGUAAGGUCUGCGUUCAGGACAAACAGCCUGCCAGGAAGCGGUUCCAGCAGUGCGAAUAAUAGUUUGGGCCGAUCCUUACGGAACGAUCUGUUGGUAGCUGCCGACAGUGUUACUAAUGCCAUGUCAACGUUGGUCAGGGAAUUAAAUUCAGACGUGUUGUGGAAUGUGUGUGAUGCACCCCCUGUGAAUGUGUCCUGGUGGCUUGCAGACUCAGACCAGGAGGACCAUUCUCACAACUCGGGACGUUUUCUCAGAAAACCGCUGGAUUUCGAGGCAGGUGAAGACGGUGACGAUAGCAGCGGAGGUGGUAAUUCUUGGCGCGAAGAACUUCAACGUCGUUAUCAACAGGAGAACGAUUUUCUGGCCGAAUUGAGAGCGAGGAAUGUCAAUAUGUCGCAAACCGAGCGCACCACAUCGAACGAACAAGAACAGGAUAGGGGCGAUAGAGAGGAGGGAGACGGUGGUGGAAAGGAAGAUGAAAAUGAGACGGAUUGGUCGGAGGCUGUGAAGAGAUGGGUAAACCGAUAAAUUCCAAAAUUAUAUGAUCGCGAGAGUGAGGGAGAGAGUUCGCUUGGACGCGAUCGAUAAAGCGACAAAUUUUUACGUUUAUCCCGAGGUUUAGCUAAGAUCGAACAAAAAAUUUCAAAAGCUCUGCAGUUGUACGGGGCUGAGGGCAAUGGAUCAAUUUCAAUUUGGAUGGAUCUCACGCCUUUCCUAACGAAUAAUUCGAUCUUAGAGUUGGAUCAAUCCAUAGAUAGCUUCCUCGUACGAUGUCGUCUUUCCUUAUUUCCCUGUUUUCGCACUUUCGAAAUAGACAACGGCCGAGAUUACGUACAAAGUCGCGUAAUUAUUCUACUGACACGAUCUGGAAAUUAAUUGAAGAUACGAUCGAGAAGAAAUUUUGGAAGAGAGAAAGAGAGAGAGAGAGAGAGAGAGGAGCUCCUUUGACUCGCGUCUUUUCGAAGCCUUUGCGCCUGCGUAAGGAUAUACGCCAUGUCAUUAUCCAAGAUAUGUUCGUCGCUGUGAUGCGAAGAGAGAAGCGGACGAAGAGGAAGAAUAAUAUAAUAGGAAAUCUUUUAUAAAAUCUGUAAAAGCAACAACAAGAAGCGAUCGAGGUUUACGGUAUCUAGGGGAGAGCGUGUAAUUUUUUUAUACCUUCGUACCGGUUAAAAUUUCACGAUAUACAUACAUAGAACUUGUAAACUUCAACUCAUCGAAUACACGUUAAAAAGCUUCGCUAUAAUAUUUCAAGAUAUAUUCAAGAUAGGUAUUAAAAUGUAGAGAAAGGUCAAAAUUCGCAUACCCUAUGCUAUUACGAUUCGUUCGCUUCUUUAUCGAGGACGAAUGAGAUGCCUCGGAGCUAGUGACUCGUAAAUUAUUGCCAAAGAGCGAAGAAUCUUUUUCGCGUGAAUACGCGAACGAAUUAAAUUUAUAUAACGAUGUAUCGUUAGUUUUUAAAAAAGCGAGAAUUAACAAUUGGGUUAUUCUAUCGUUUCGGAAAUCAUUCUGAAUUCAUCUCUCAGAAUUCAUUCGUUCGGGUUUUCUUUCAUUUUCUUUUGUUCCUUUUCUUUCUCUUCCCUUCCUUUCCUUUUUCAUUUUUUUUCGCGUUUCGCUCGAACACGCUCACAACGCGCUUGCUAAGAUCGCAAUUUAUGAUCUAAAUGGCUCUGAGGUAUUAUACCAAAUUGUUAGGAUUACGUAUCGUAUUGUACAUAGAAGAAAGUUUUUUACCAACAGUAAAUUAGCUAAGUAUUCGAUUCAUUUUUAUCGUUGGACGGAUCGAAUUGUAAACAUUUUGGUAUUUAUAUUGGCCGACGAAAGCUAGGACGGCUUAAGGAGCAACAGACGCGGCAAAUUGCUAAAAGAAAGCUAAUCGCUUUCCUGUAUGUACAAUAUUUUUCUCUUUUUCUUUACUUCCCAAACUAAUAAUGCACCAUGGGAAGCAUAAUUGCUUCUAUUUUACGUGCAGCAGUCGAACUUGCUUUUUCUUUUUCCUUGUUUUUUUUCCUGUUUUUCCCUUUUUCGAAAAAUUUCCAACAAGUUUGAAAGUCUGCGCGUUACACACUUCGUAAAAACAGAGUACAAGAGCGCAUAUGUACGCAUUCGUAUUUGGCACGUUUAAUUUCUACGUUGUUAUAAUAAUUUACCGAUUGCUAGAUUAUGCCGCUGAUGUACAUGUACUGCCGAAAUGUAACGCAUACGCAAAUAUGUAUAAUACGCAUACGUGCAAGGAUACUUUACGCAAACUCGUAUGUGCAUCAUUUCCUAUACUUGUUCGUCUAUACGAAUAUGUACGGUUAGGGGAAAAGGGUGGAGGAAGCGAGAGAAGAAAGAAGAAUAAAAGAAAAAGAAAAAGAAAAAAAAAAGAAACUAUGUAGCAACUGCAUAAUUCGAGUAUUGAAUAAAAAAUGAAGCGAUAGCCGAUA